AUGGAGAAAGUGGCCAAAGAGUUUCUCCAAAAGCUUGCUAAGCUCUCUGAUGUUGAAAGCAACAACGACAAAGCAAAGCAGUUAAGAGAAGAAUGUUCUAGAAAGAAAGAAAAACUUCUAGACUGUUUACUGUCAGCAAGAUCAUGGCGUGAUCUGCCUUCAGAACUUUUAGGGGAAAUAGCAGACAACUUCGGAAUUAUUGAUCUUCUUGGUUUUCGUGGAGUGUGCACAAAUUGGCGCUCUGCUUCUUUCUCAGCUACUGCAGCCAUAGAAUCUGCUCCGGAUACACACCCUUAUUUCCUACUCUACAACGAUGACGAUGAGGAAUGCAUACUCUUUAACCCCACAAAUGACAAAAGUUACACCCUUAAUAUCCCCGAACUGAAAGAAGCUACUUGCCUUGCUUCGAGUCAUGGUUGGUUACUGUUAUCCCAAAAGGGUCUCAUUUUCUUUUUCUGCCCUUUCUCUCGCACGAGAAUUGACCUCCCACCUUUUCAAGAAUAUGAAAUUUCUAAAGGUUCUGCUGCGUUUACUUCUUCUCCUUUGUCAAAUGAUUGUGUUACGGCUCUCAUUCUGCGGAAACGUCAUGAGUUUCUGGAACUACAUGUGUUGGAACGCGGAGUUAGCGCGUGGGUGAAGUAUGAAUAUGAUCUUUCACAGAGAUUUUUUGGUGGUGUUAAAGGUGCUACUUUUGCUGAUGGUUGUUUUCAAAUUUUGGAUGAGAAUGAUAAGAUGAUAACAUUCAACUUGGGAAAUAAGAGUUUUGAGUAUUACAAAAUAGUUAAAGAACGUAGAGAUCCAAAUAUUGAACGCCUGCCUUUUAACUACAAGGAGAAAUGUUUCAGUAUGAGUGAUUUCAAGAAAAGGAUGAAACUUGGGAAUGAUGUUGCUAUUUCUAUUUGUGCUGCCUCUUAUGCUGGAAGUGGUGAUUCUGUAAUUUUUAUCAAGAAUGAAAAGUUUAAGGCCAUACUAGAUUAUGAUGCUCAAGAUUUCAAAGGAAUUUGGAUUCAGCCUAGAUUCUUUCAACUCCCUCCAAAUUACAGCUGGUGA